UUUACCUUCACGAACGCAUGCUUCCAGACGGUCUCGUAAACAGAAGUAAAUUUCCUCUAAAGUGGCUUUUCCUACUGCGAUAAUAUCCUUAUCUCUAAAUACAGAACAAUGAAAGUAACGGUGAAAAUAUUACAGGGGAGUGAGUGUAGUCUAGAGGUAUCUGGAACUACUAGAAUUCGUGAUCUAAAGGAUAAAGUUGAAAUAAUCCUUAACAUAUCACCAAGCGCGCAGAGACUUGUAUUUAGAGGCAAAACACUGACAGACGAGACCUCCCUAGAAGAAGCCGGCAUAACUGAUGGAGCGAAGAUUCACCUCAUGGUCAAAAAGGGAGAGCUGUCAUCCCCGUCCCUCGGUGCGAGCUCUUCGAAUAGUGUAUCAUCCACUCCCACCGUUGAUUUCUUCGCACAGUUAGACACCUUCCUUCGGAAACAUUUAACUCAAGAACAGACCACGCAGGUUGUCAAUGAGUUCAGAAAGAAUUGCCAAUUAAUGGUGGACAGUAUGAACUUCGACGACAUUGAAAGAUUCGCAGCAAGUAACUUCACAGAAUUUUAAUUAGGAACAUUUUUUAUAGUUCAUUUUUUUGUGAAGGGAGUGCUGAUUUCAUAUCAAUGAACACAGUGUGAUCAGUGUAUCAUAUUAAAAAGCCGUUUUUGUAACAGUAUGAUAUAUGUUACUGAGAAGUUCUAGUGUAUCUCUGAAUCACAAUGUAUGUAGUGCUGGUUUAUUUUCUGGAAAAAGGAGAAAAGACCAUGAAUAUUUUUUCAUUAUUGUAAUCAGUUGUAUUCAUUUGUGUCAUUUGAAGUGAUUUCAUUUUCUCCAAGUGUUAUUGUGUGAAUGUUUGUGCAGUCGUGUAGAACCAUGUACCAAACUUGCCUCUUCCUAAGUGUAUUAGGGCCAUUGAUAGUAUAUGUAAGUCAAAUGCAGUAAAAGCUUUGUUUUCAGAUAAUAUUAAUAAAGUGCAAAUUUUGUAUAUUUAGGAGGAAUGUUUUUAAAGAUAAUGCUUAGCUUUAAAAGAGUAAACCAAUCUGUGGUGGCUUACACUAUGAUGAUUGUUCAAGCAGGGUAAGAGAUAUAAUUGAAUGUUUACUGGUUAAAAAGCAAAAUAAAUGUGCUAGACAUCAAAGAAAUAAUUGAAGCAUUAUUGUGAAUUGUGAUUACAUUUAGAAUUAUACAGUGGAAGGAUAUUUUUUUUCAGAAUAUCUUUUAUGGUCUUAUUAUGUAACUGCCACAAUGCAUAGAUGAAAGUAGCAAGUUUGAGAUAUAUAUUUUUUUUUAUCCUUUUUUGGCUCAUUUCUUUAAACAUUCAUACAUUGUGUGUGAAUUCUUUGUCUGCUGAAGGGUUGUUAGCAUAAGAAGAUGGAAGUUGGAAAAAUAUAUUGGAGAAUAAUAUAUGAGACUAAAAUAAGAAUUCACUUAUCUUGCUUGUGAGAUGACAGGGGAGUGUUGGUCACAUGGUUGGAAACAGGUGUAAGCCUUAUACCAAAUACUGUUUCUUUAUUUAGAUCAUGGAACUAUGAUUGAGUGAACUGGCAUUAAAGAGGAUUCAGCCUAUUUAUAGUGGAGUAAAGAAGAAAAAUGAUAAUAUAGUAUUAUUGCCAAGAUAUUAUUUUUUUGUGUAAAAUUGUAAAACAUUAAACAAUCAUUUAUUUAUGUUAUGGAAAGAACAUGAUUGUAACUCAGGUUUUAGAUUUUUUGGGGGAUAAAGUAUGUAGCACUUUGUAUCCAAAUGUCUUUUAAAGAGCAGACAUGUUAAUUUCUUACACUUAAAUUAUAGUUAACAAGAAUUGUAAGGAACUAGAUAUGGUUAUUAACAAACAAGUAUUGAUUUGGUAGAUAAAUCUUACUGCACAUAGUUUGCUCAAGAAUCCUUAUGUUUAAUUUUCACUUCACUUAUAUCUUGAAUUCAGUUUUGGCCCUUUCAGUCUUCAACUUUACUCUACAAAUGUCCUUUUAGAAUAUAGAUAAAAAAUGUGAUGUGAAAAAAAUCCUACUGUCAUCACUUUUGUCCUUUCAGAUAUAAAUUCAGAUAUACUUUUCUUUUCUCAUGAGUAUGCAAAGUUCAUUACACUGCAACUUUAAAGAAAUUCUUAGAUUUUAUUUUGUGGAACUAAAUGCUUGGUCAGUAUAUUAAAGGCAAGGAAAAUCUUUAAUAUCACGCCUGGUGCUGCAACAGAUCAGGUAUGUGAAGAUUUUGCAGACGAUGAAGACAAAUGAUUUUCUUUAUACAUUUUCCCCCUCUUAGAUUUGCGGUACAGUACGUGUUAAGGUAACCCCACUUAUUUAUUUAUUUUUUUAUUUUAAGAAAUAAGUACAGUACAUUUCUUUUCUGAUAUUUUGCUUAGCUCAUUUGUAUAUAUAAAAUUUGAGGCAUGUAUUCAGAUUUCCUCCUGGACCAUAUAUAUAUAAAUAUAUAUGUGUGUAUAACUUUGUGAUGUUCUGUUUCUUAUAGGCACUGUCAUUUUCUUCUUAAGGCACUUUUUUUUUUUCUGUGUUUUGUUAAAAAAAAAUAACUGACAGACUUUUAGUAUAUAAAUAAGUUUGUGUGAGAAGAAGUAUUUUCAGAAAGUGAGGUGAAAUGAGUAAAGUUUUCUCAGUAGAAAAAUAUUUAAAUGAAAAUAUUUGGUCUUGUUACAAAGUGUGAAAGGAUAAAAUGUUGAACAAGAACUUUAAAGUGGGAGGAAAUACACAAGAAUGCAGGUACAAGUUUCAUAUUACAGGAGGAAAAUAAAUUAGAAUUUCCAGUCAUGGCAAAAUUGUAUAUCCUGUGGAAGAGAAGGAAUGGUAAAUAAUGAACUAUACAGAACUGCAUAUGUGGGCUUGAAUUACAUUGUUUAUGCCCUGCGAAAUGUUGAGAUAUAAUUUUUACUUCUUAUACAAAUGACAACAUAGUGUAAAAGUUAGGCCUCUAAAGCAAUCAUAGUUUCAUGUCAAGUGUUAAAUAUCCUUGAUGUUGAAAGUAUGGUUUUAUGUUUUAGUCUUGUUUCAGCAUAUUGAGUAUAUACAAUGAAAGUAUAAGAGACUGUAUUGUUAUUUUUGGGAAAAAUAAAAGCAUUUUCAACCUGCACCAAUUAUU